CAGUACACCCCGCCUACUGCUUCAUAUUUAACCCCAUUGUACAGCUGUGACUAUUAUAAACACAGUCUAUCGUAAGGGAUGCAUAUUAAAUACCGAGAGUAAACCGAGGAUCCUCAAAAUGACCCAGCUUUAUUCACCGUUUUGAGUUUUACGCGUCACCUAGAGAGAAUCGCGAAGAUGAGCUGCUGCUCGGGGAGAUGCGUGCUGAUGUUCCUCUGCGCCCUUCAAUUGAUCACUGGAGUAGAGAGACAGGUGUUUGACUUUCUGGGGUACCAGUGGGCGCCCAUCCUUGUCAACUUCUUGCACAUCCUCGUAGUGAUUUUGGGCUUGUUUGGGGCAGUCCAGUAUCAGCCUCGUUAUGUUGUUUUGUAUGUAGUCUGGACUGUGUUUUGGGUGACUUGGAAUGUCUUCAUCUGUUGCCUGUAUUUAGACCUUGGGGGGCUUUCCAAGGAAAGCGACUAUCUGUCAUUGGGACUUUCCUCUUACCGUUCAUGGUGGAAGGACAACGGUCCAGGCUGUGAGAACAGACAUCUCCAGACCACUAGAUGGCAGCAUUUGGACAGUCCUGCGCUGGUCACAGAAAUGAGCUGCAUGUUAGAGUAUCAGUAUAUUGAGGUUAUGCACAGCGCACUGCAAAUCUUCAUCUCUGUGCUGGGAUUUGUGUUUGCCUGCUAUGUCGUCAACAUCUUCAAUGAAGAGGAAGACACAUAUUUGUAUAAGUGACCGUGUCCAGAUGUCACCAGCAUCUCAAGAGUGAACACUGAGUGAGGAAAGAGAGCAGGAAGGAUAUCAGGCACUACAAGAAGGAAAUAAAACGGAAACCAGAUGGAUUCCAAAACAUGUAUAUAUUUGCAUAAACAUAACAUUACGAAUAAAUUAAGAAAUAAAAGUGAUGCAGCCAAACAAUGCUCUUACAAAUCUGGAAAUUUGAGUGUGUGCGUGCAUGCGUGUGUGUGUGUGUGUGAUGCUAGGAAGAAUCAAAAAGGGUUUUUCACAGUGAUGUCAAAAUGCAGAUUUUUUUUAAUUCCCCAAAGUAGGUUUUAAGAAAAGUUUCUUCAAAGAAUCAUAAUUUAUGAUGUGAAGAACAUUGUAAUAAUAUGAAGAAAUGUUAGUGGAAUGAAAGGUGACUUAAAGACUCUUCAUGGAAUUAUCAAUGCCAAUAAAGAACCUUUAUUUUCUCUGUAAAACAUGUUUAUGACUGAACAUGCUGAACUUCUCACUACCUACCUCUGUGAUUCUUUCAUUUUC